AUGGAACAGUCUGUUUCGUCUCGCGUGAACGAAAUGUACCGAGACUUUUUCUAUGGGAAGUUGUCUGUCGAGGACUUUGUCACACAGACCCUUGUGUUCAAGAACAGCGCAAACCCUGAAGAGAACGAGUUAAUGAUAUUAAUAGUCAAAACGGUGUUAGACGAAUUUGGAAGGAUGAACGUCUUCUCAAAACAUGACACAGCUGUUCAAUUUGGGAAAUUGUGUGGCGAGAUGGUUCGACAAAGGGUUGUCCGCAACUGUGCGUUAAUUCAUUUACUUCGAACGAUAUACUGGGCGUCAUGCGAACCCCCACAGUCAAAUUUCUUUUGUUGUGGGUCGACCGCACUUGCCCAAUUUCAAGAAAGACUCCACGAGUGGCCCUCGUACUGCUACUUACUGAAAAGUAAGAAGAACAUCUCGACCUUCGACAAGAACUUGUAUGCAACAAUUGUAGAUUGUGCAAACAGUAAAUUGCCAACAGUCAUCUCCUUGAUACACAAACUGUUCAAUUCAAUCGACUUUCAAAUGAAUUUGGACGUUGCAAAUAUAUCAACUAUUAAAGAACUAAGUCGGUUCAUUGGAGAAAAUAGAGAAAAGAGUCCUAACGAGUUAGCAAAGGGCGCAGAGGACAUUUUUAAGAGGUACUUAACACAACAAAAUCACAAGAAAAAGCUGUUUGAAAUAGCUUUGUUCACAGCAGCUAUAAUGGACGAAGGGAUACAACCAAGGUGCAUUAAAGUAUCUUUGACUAUGUUGGGGAGUGUUGUCGCGAUAUCCUUUUUCACUGGAGAGGCUAUCAAAAUUAUGAAGAAGUUGAAGGUCUUUGAUCAACAAGAAAGUUACCUCUUCUUGUCUCUGGGUAAUUUUCUCGGGUUAUUGACAUUAGGUCUCAACAAGCCGAUCCGAUCAAAUCAAGUACAACUGCGGGCGAUAUUACGCGACGACACAACGCCUGAAAACAUCGAUGUGAUUGUACGAUUUCUCGCCAAGGUAUUGAAAGGCGGUGUUGAAUCGGAAGUAUAUAAUGCGAACAACCCAUUCAUGGUACCACUAUUGCAAAAGAUAUGCGAGUUUUCAUUGUCCGAACAAUUUGCUUCACUGAAUAGUGAAGAGGUCAGAAAUGUGAUUUUGAUGUUCAAAAUCACCCCUGCGGAGUAUUUAAGUCAUCAUCUGUUGAAUCGAGAGAAUGAAGAGAUAUCACGAAGUCUGAUAUUGAUUGCUAAAGAGAGGAGUCGGUGCGAUGGUGGUGUGUUUGCGGAGUUCACACAAAGCAAAACAGUUGUCCCCCUUUCACGAUUGAAACAACUUUUACUCUCGGAGAAGUCACUUUGUUUUGACAGUUUGAGUCGUGGUGUCGAUGACCCGAUUCCCGAGAUAUUGAUAUGCGACUCGUUUAAAGAAGAGCACUGGAAGAUGAUGAUUGACAUUUUUCUCGAUUUUUCAAUGCAAGACAUCUCGAAAGCCGUGAGUAUCAGUCUGUCAUUGAUCAUGAAAAUUGUCGGUGAGAUCAUCCAAAAGGAUUUUUGCACUGAGACGGAUAUCACAAAAAUCGAGGAAGCAACGGGGAGAGUGUUAACCAUCGCACAAAAGCCACUGUGGUCGACGUGUAAAAACUGUGUUGAAGCCAAAUUGUGGAAAUACAUUUCGCAAUUUGUGUUUUGUUCAGCGAAGCAACAAGAGUUGAAUGUAGUGAUGGAUGUCAUUCGCGAGACUGUCAUGAAGGGAUUGAAUAAAUAUGUUGACAACGCUAUUUCGAUUAAGAUGAAUGAAGUGAAGAAAGUAGCUAAGAGGUAUGUGAGUCAGUUUGUAAUGAAGAUGGAGGAGAGUCGGAGGAGUGUUGCAGGUCAAGAUGCAUCAGAUUUUAUAGCAGAGGGUUAUGAGUAUUUAGAGGAAGGCCCGGACCUUCCUGCGGAAAUCAAAAUUGCGAAAGGUGGAGUGACUCAACAGCAGAUGGAAGUGUAUGCGGGAGGAGUUGAGAACAACACUUACAUGUGA